CUUUCACACCAAACCAACUUUAAUUUUUUCAUCUCUCUCUCUCUCUCACUUUCAACUCAAAGCCCAAUACUUCAUCAUCACCAUUUCUCUCAUCAGUAGCUGAAUCCAAGCACAGAUAAUGCAGAGGAACACUGGCUUCUGCAAAAGCUUGGUGAAAGACCACAUUACUACCAUGACUAGGGCCACUGAUGGAGAUUCCAACAACAAGAAGAUGAAGAAUAUUGAAGAUGAUGAAGACUAUAUGAAUGUGUAUCCAUGGCCUCCGAGGUCUUACACGUGUAGCUUCUGCAAGAGAGAAUUCAAAUCUGCUCAAGCUCUGGGUGGCCAUAUGAAUGUUCACAGGAAAGACCGAGCCAGGCUCAGAAGCUCACCCCCAACCGAUUUUAUUGGUCAGUACACUCACAGUACUAUACUUAAUCUCAACCUCAAACCUAACCCUAACCCUAAUUUCGCAUCCUCACCACCACCAUCAUCAUCUCCCUUCUCUUCUGUUUCAACUCGGCAGCUCCCACCGUUAACUACUAGCUCUCGCUCUGUACCUUCUUGGAUAUCACAACCUUCUCAUCCCCCUAGUACAUUUCCAUCACCAUUUGAUACUUGCCAUAGUGAAAACAUGAAAUGGGCUGUGGGUGGUACCCUUUCCACUCCUUUAAAACUCAAAACUUUGGAUUUAAGUACUCAAAUGAAGAUUAAUACAGAGUCUCAAGAAGAUCGAUGCAUGAAAUUGGACUUGGAAAUUGGUGUUCUUGGCGGUAACUCAAAGGAUGACAUCGAUUUGGAGCUUCGAUUAGGCUACUCCUAGAGUUGCUUCGGUGUAAGACUGGUAAUUGUAUGGUUUAUGAAGCUGAUGUAAUAGUUAAUUAAUGAUCCUCUUAUGUUAUCCCAACUCGAACUAUGUUUCUCAAUUUCCCACAACAUAU